AUGGCAUUCGGUGACGCAUCCAUCACACCACACCCAAACUUUUGUCCAUUCAGCACCAAAUCAUCAUCAUCGUCCCUAUCUGAAUGUCCAGUCACAGGAAACCAAAAGAAAUCCAAACUCGCGCUACGAGGCACCUUGGAACCACUCACUGAACAAGACCAUCAUCUCUCCACUCUCCUGUCACAACUACAAGUCAUUCCAACACAUAGAACUGAUCCAUUGGACAUAUCAUUCAAUUGGAAUGAUGCUCUAUCUGGCGCUACAGAGACUGGCGAUUUGCCAUACUUUAUUGUGGCGUUUCGGUCAAAGAGGAAGAGUGAUGCUGAUACUUUUGCGUUGAUGGAGGCUGAUCGUCUGGCUCACGAGGAGGCCAAAUCAAAAGGAGGGCUACUCUCAUAUUGGUAUACAACUCUUGACGAUCAGCGCCAAUGCCUUGCGAUGUGUGUGUGGAAAUCUAGAGACUGGGCUGUACUCGCAACAGAUGGCCCAUUACAUGCUCAAGCCAUGAGACUCACUUCCAGAAUGUACGAGCACUAUACCCUUGAAAGAUAUUGGCUUCACAUUCGCAAAACUGAAGAUGGAUCAACAAAGGUCGAGAUUGAAACCAUAUGA